GCUUAAAACGCAAGAGUGGAACCCAACUUAAACGGCUUAACUGCGUGUAACGCCUGCUCUAGUCAGCGGAGGUGUCCUCGUGCGAGUCGACAAUUCAAUUUCAAUUUCAGUUGGAGUUUUCAUUUGCACCGCGAUGGAAGCAUUCCGUGGCUUCCUUGAGGAAAGUUGUGGAUGGUUUUGAAAAUGGUCGAUUUUGGUGGAUUUAAAAGUUGUGCAAAAUACUUGAAGAAUACUCGAAGAGAUUUGUGGCGAAAAUAUGAACACUGGAGGAGGUUUUGUGAAAGCUUACAGCAACAAUUGGUUGUCCCAAUUUGGAUUGUACAAAUAUGAAAACCCCGUGGAUCCCCCGCGGAAACCCGCACCCUACCAGACCCAACACCGCAAGAUCGCUCUGUACGGCAUCCUGGGGAUGGCUUUCGUUCUGUUCUUCAUCCUGUUUGUCAUCGUCAACCAAUCCGAGGCAGACAAACGCCUUUCACGGCUCGAGAUAGCCAGGAGUUUCUCGAAUGAAACGAGCAUCGAGUCCAGCUUAGGUCGUGGGACUCUAUUGACGACUCCGUUUUCUGCACCGGAAGCAAUCGGGGAAGCUUCAGCUGAAGCUCGCAAGCAGAGGAGAUCGAGAAGGUUGGGCAAUAUCGGAAAUGUUCCGGAUCCGGUGGAGCUGAACGACAAUUUGGUGCUGUUUCCGAGUUCUUACUUGAAACCUCCGAGACCGGGAAGUAUGCAGCAAUUUGCGGAAGAUCGUUCCUUGAAGGAAACGGUGAGAGACAAACCGAGACCAUUUGGAUAUGUUGCUGGUGGUGAAAAUCCUAUAGGAUUCAGGAAGCCGAACCGAACGUUGGAAGAUUCUGAACUGGGUCAGUCGUUGAAGCAUUACGGAUUGACGAACAACAUCCAGGAUGUUCUGAAGCAACUAUCUUCGUCCAGAGAGCAGCGUUACAAACUAUUCCCGCAGCAGCAACAGCAACCAUCCGAGUUCAGUAAUCCGGCUUAUCGAAAUCAUCGUGUCAAAUUUACCGGAAUCUACCGACAUCCUAGGAAAAAUGGUGACAUAACUACACUCUUUGGAGCGGCUUCAAGGCAACAUGAACUUCAACUUACAAAGCCACAGGUCAUCAACAGUCAACUUGCGGUUCCAAACAAUCUUAUGCCAGAUUCCCUGUACAACUUCCGGCCAUCACAUCCCAGUGAUGUCAACCUGCUCGCUUCGGAACAGUUUCGAUUUGCACCGGAAAACGAUCCUAACCAGGUAGAUAACCUCCCGAAAGGAAUGCCCUUCUCCAUCAUGCUGGAUAUCCUACCGAUGGCUUCAGGAGGAUCAAACAAUCGUUUCAAACGCCCCACCAAGCGCAAACCCUCCGGCCACAACUACUCCAACGUCAAUUUCCCCUCGUACUUUAACAAUCGAAACUUUGCCCAGGUCAAGCACGCCCUCUACAACAACCAUCAACAUUCGGAACCCAAUACCUAUUACCGCAGUUCAACCACAAACAACUACCAGCGACAGCUCCAAAACUUCUUCCCGACCAUGAAACCGGGCAAACUCAUGGUCCACCUGAACCUCUACCCAAAACAACCCGAAGCAGACCGCAAGUUCGAGCUGGAAAAGUCCUCCCUCAACAUCAACCACCUCCAGCUAAACUUUGGCGAACACCUGCCAGACCCAGAACGUCACAAGGCAGUAGAACCAACGCAAUCGUCCGUCCGGAACUACCUGGACAUGAUCUCGCGAUCCGCGGAGGAGUACAUCACCAGCACGACAACCACAACGGAACUCCCACUAUUCGUCAGCAGCUUCCAGAGUCCAACCGCGAGCAGCUUCGCCGAUCAUCCGAAGAACAUAACCUUCCCCAACGAACACGUGGCAAUGGGCCGGUAUCCACCGUACGGAAGGCAGGUCAAGCGAAGGCUUCAGUAUCCCCACCAGUUGCACCAUCUGCAGGAGAUCAACUGGGAGCUGGAACCGAGGGGUGCAGCGGCCGAGGAACUUUCUCCGGUAGAUGAGGACGCGGGGCCGGAACGGUUGGAUGUUGUGCGGUUCGAUGAAGGUGACGCUAUUUGAUUAGAUGGAUGUGACUUGAUGGUAGAUGUUCCACGACACUUUUUAACUGUUGCAAUGAUUAAUUUUAUAGUAGUUUUAGUGAAUGUGAACCAAAAAUAAUGAAUAAAUUAUUUAUGAUA